ACGGCUCGCCUCGGUUCCCCCCCCCCCCCCCCGCACGCCAUUUUGCGGGGCUCCCCGGCAUGCGGGGUCCCGUCGGGGGCGGCGAGGCGGCAGGGACCCCCCUCAGUGCCCCCCUCCUAGCUCUGGGUGCCCUCCCGCGGGCUGCGUGAGGCGGGGUGUGCGUGCGUGCGCUGCGGCGGUGCCCCCCAGGGACCCCCGGCGCGGCCGGCCAUGGCCUCCAAGGUGCUGCGGGCCGUGGUGCUGGGCCCCCCCGGCUCGGGCAAGGGGACGGUGUGCGAGAGGAUCGCCCGCAGCUUCGGGCUGCAGCACCUCUCCAGCGGGCAGUUCCUGCGGGAGAGCCUCCGCCGCGGCGGCGAAGUUGGCGUCUUGGCAAAGCAGUACCUUGAGCGAGGCCUCCUGGUGCCGGACCACGUCAUCACGCGCGUGAUGAUGACGGAGCUGGAGAAGCGGCGAGCGGAGCACUGGCUGCUCGACGGUUUCCCGCGGACGCUGGGGCAAGCCGAGGCGCUGGACAGGAUCUGCGAGCUGGACCUGGUGAUCAGCCUGAACAUCCCCUUCGAGACGCUGAAGGACCGCCUGAGCGCCCGCUGGAUCCACCCGGCGAGCGGCAGGGUCUACAACAUGGAGUUCAACCCGCCCCACGUUCACGGCGUCGACGACCUGACGGGCGAGCCGCUGGUCCAGCGCGAGGACGACAAACCCGAGGCCGUCGCUGCCCGGCUGAGGAAGUACAAGGAUGCCGCCAAGCCAGUGAUAGAGCUAUACAAGAGCAGGGGUAUCCUGCACUCGUUUUCGGGGACAGAGACCAACAAGAUCUGGCCGUACGUGUACGCUCUGCUUUCCAACAGGAUCCCCCCUGUGCACUCGGAAGAGGAAAACUAACCAGUUUGGGUGGAGGACCAGGAACUGAUGUGACAAUGUGUUUGGUUUCUCCGCACAGUGCUGGAGCUGUGCUCUAAUUAGGUGAUCAGGCAGUACCUAUGGCUGCUUCCCCAGGCGUGCUGGAUAACAGCUGUGGAAACACAGCUAUAGCCAGUAUCAGGGUGAAAAGGUCUUCGCUUAUAAGGUCAAGUCUGCUAGAAUAAGUGUUUUUUUUUUUUCUUCUGAGGCUAGAAAGUAUUCCUGCCGGUGAUCCAACUGCACAGAUCAGUGAUGCAAACCUAGGUAAUGAUUAUUUCAGGUUUACACAACUUGCCAUGAUUUCCCUGCCACCCCCCUAUGAAACCCCAACCUCUCUCUAAGCCUAUACCGUGUCAUUCCAUUGCUCCACAGUACUGUUUACUGCAGAUCACUCUGUUGUAGUUUUUUUAAAUUAUUUUCUAUUAAAUUUAUUUCUUAGAGAAAUAAAGCUCUAGAACGCGAGACUUAGCCCCGUGGGAAUUGGUGAGGAACGCAGAAAACGUUCACAUUACAGAGCUCAGAAAUGUGAAGAUCACAUUUCCAGUAAUAGAAACAGAAGAGGGAAAACAUGGGAGGUAAACUACACACUUGUGCUUUUUCUAUAAAGAGAGAUGAAAAAAAAAAAACCACAUUAUGAAAAGCUGCUAUACAGUCUGCUUGUCCUGAGCUGACGUGGAGCAGGAAGGUGAGCAGGUCGGUGCCAGGGAAGAGCUGCACUCCUCGUGCUUACCUUGCCCAUAGCUUUUCCUACCAUGAGACAUGUUGGUGUUGUAGUAGCUUCUCCCAGAGAUUUAUUUUAACGCAUUUUGCUCUGGGGGAGGAUUUGAGUCAUUCCUUGUUCCUUGCUGCCUUUGUACCCGAGGUCCUUGUGGAAACCCGGGCUGUUCCCCGAGGAAAUGCCCGUCGCGGAGGGGUUCGCCCGCAGUGGCCGCAGGCUCUUGCGCUGCCGUCCCGCUGUCAGUCCUUAUGCCCAUGAGGGCUGCCAAAAGUGGUCGUGCCCUGAUGCUCAGCCCAUUUCAGCAGCGUGCACCUCGUCUCAAACGGCAUCAGCGUGCCCCUUCCGCCCAGACGUGUUUGUGUAACUGGGAUUUAAAGGCCCUGCGGGUGUUGCUGCUGCCCCGUGUGCAGGAGCUUUGGGCGCAGACCCCAGCUUUUCUGAACUGGACGUGCUGUGAGCCCGCGGGGGGCUCGCUGCUGGGGCACAGCACCAAAUCCGUGGGGAUGCUCUGCUGGUCUCCUCGAGUUGCCUUAUUUUAUAGACUAUAUAUUUAAGAAAAAAAGCAAGAUGUGUAUUUUUUAAAGGUUUAGAAGAAAAGCACUGAGUUUUAGUAUCCACUUUGGAGAACGCUUCGCUGAGCUGCUUGCCCCGGUGGAGCUGGGCAGCGUAGCAGGGAUGCAGAAAAGCUGUCGCUACCCCACCCCCGUGGCAUCAAUUAGAGCGGCCUGGGCAAGUUUCUGGUGCUGAAGUGUCACUGUUUCGUUGCUGGGAGAGCGGGUCUCUGGCAGGGCGGCGGGAACCGACUUUGGGGUUUGUUUUUGGCUGCUUGUGCAAAACUUCAGCACAUCUUAAUGCCACCAGAGGAGCCCCUGACGGUUGCUGGCUCAGUCAGAGGCAGCUCUGCCGUGGCUCUCUCCUGAUAACGGAGCCAGAAGCCGUUGGGCAUCCGCCGAGCAGCAGCAUCCAUCCCCCAUGUGGUGCCCAGCCCGGGGCAGGGCUUGCGGUUGGGUUUGCCCCAGGAGAGACCCUGAGCACUUGUUUUAAAGGCUCUGAGCCCUUCUGCAGAUGCAGAAGCCCUGCGACCACGCAUGCCUCCAGCCCUCGGGACAGAUUUUUCUACAAGAAUUGUUGUACUGUGCACUUUCGUAGACCAAACCCCGCAGCGGCACGCACCCUGCCCCUCGCCUUCCCUCCCUGCCGUGUGCUCCUUCAGCUCCGUGCUGAAUCCCAUUCCCUCCAGCGCCGGCCGUUCUGCAAGGACCAAGGUGCCGCGCGGGGGGCACUGGGGGCCUGCGCCCCGAUUUGCUCUUGCAGCUUCUUCCCGGGGAAUGGCCACCGCUGUGCUGCUGCUCGAAAGAUGUAAAUAAAAUUUUUCUCCUGCUUA